GGCCCAGCUUCCACCUGAUUCUGAGCGACCUUGAGGACACCUGGGUGUUUCUGGGAAAGGGGAGGAGGAAAGGGGCAGAGAUUAGUUGGUACAGCAGGUGUUCAGCUGCAGUCCCCAGGUCUGCUGUCCCAUCCUGGGGAGAAGAGAAGGCUGAGCAGAGUGGGUCAGUGAUGCAGGUGUGAGACCCCAGCGAAUCCUGAGAAACUAGGUAGUCCAUUGUGGGGGUUUCCCCUGGGCCCGCUGCUGACUUCCGGGGCGCUGGGGGCUGGAGGCGGAAGGAGUGGAGGGAGCAGGCUCCAGGGAGGCUGCCCUGGGUUCCAGCGGGUGCUGUGAAUGGCGUGGCAGGUGAGCGUGCUGGAGCUGGAAGACCGCCUGCAGUGCCCCGUCUGCCUGGAGGUCUUCAAGGAGCCCCUGAUGCUGCAGUGCGGCCACUCCUACUGCAAGCGCUGCCUGCUGUCCCUGUCCCGCCACCUGGACUCAGAGCUGCGCUGCCCCGUGUGCCGGCAGGAAGUGGACGGCAGCAGCUCCCCACCCAACGUCUCCCUGGCGCGGGUGAUCGAAGCCCUGCAGCUCCCUGGAGACCCAGAGCCCCAGGUCUGCGCACACCACCGGAACCCGCUCAGCCUCUUCUGUGAGAAGGACCAGGAGCUCAUCUGUGGCCUGUGCGGCCUGCUGGGCUCCCACCAGCAUCAUCGGGUCACACCUGUGUCCACUGUCUACAGCCGCAUGAAGGAGGAGCUGGCAGCCCUCAUCUCCGACCUGAAGCAGGAGCAGAAGAAGGUGGAUGAGCAGAUCGCCAAACUGGUGAACAACAGGACCCGGAUUGUUAAUGAAUCUGACGUCUUCAGCUGGGUGAUCCGCCGUGAGUUCCAGGAGCUGCACCACCUGGUGGAUGAGGAGAAGGCCCGCUGCUUGGAGGGGGUGGAGGGCCACACGCGCGGCCUCGUGGCCUCCCUGGACAUGCAGCUGGAGCAGGCCCGGGGCGCUCGGGAGCGGCUGGUCCAGGCUGAGGGUGUGCUGGAGCAGCUCGGUAACGAGAGUCACCACGAGUUCAUCCGGAAGUACCACUCCAUUGCCUCCAGAGCAGAGCUCCAGCAGGCCCGGCCCUUGGAAGGUGCGUUCAGCCCCAUCUCCUUCAAACCAGGCCUGCACCAGGCUGACAUCAAGCUGACUGUGUGGAAAAGGCUCUUCCGAAAGGUUCUGCCAGCCCCGGAGUCCCUCAAGCUGGACCCUGCCACGGCCCACCCGCUCCUGGAGCUCUCCAAGGGCAACACGGUGGUGCAGUGCGGGCUCCUGGCCCAGCGGCGCGCCAGCCAGCCUGAGCGCUUCGACUAUAGUACGUGCGUCUUGGCCAGCAGGGGCUUCUCCUGCGGCCGCCACUACUGGGAGGUGGUGGUGGGCAGCAAGAGCGACUGGCGCCUGGGGGUCAUCAAGGGCACGGCCAGUCGCAAGGGCAAGGUGAGCAAGUCCCCGGAGCACGGCGUGUGGCUCAUCGGCUUGAAGGAGGGCCGGGGGUACGAAGCCUUUGGCUGUCCGCGGGUGCCCCUGCCCGUGGCCGGCCACCCCCAUCGCAUCGGCGUCUACUUGCACUAUGAGCAGGGGGAGCUCACCUUCUUUGACGCCGACCGCCCUGAUGACCUGCGGCCUCUCUACACAUUCCAGGCCGACUUCCAGGGCAAGCUCUACCCCAUCCUGGACACGUGUUGGCACGAAAGGGGCAGCAACUCCCUGCCCAUGGUGCUGCCCCCGCCCAGCGGGCCUGGUCACCUCAGCCCCCCGCAGCCCACCAAGCUGUAGGGAUGCCAGUGGGGCUGCUUUCCCAGCGGGCGCAGUGCCACGAGGGGUCCUGCUGGCCCUAGUGAGCAGAGGUGAUGUCUUCAUUGUUAGGGGAGGUCUUCAUGCCUGGGGGUCCCUAGAAACACUUAAAUGAUAGGGAGAAAAGGACCACGGUCCUAUCUGCAUUGGCCAGGGGCGUGUGUAUCAACCUCUUUUCAGGCUAUUAACCUGCUUAUUAACUAGCAGAGCCAGGCCUUGGUGUCCAUCGGUCAACCUGGGCUUCCCUCGGCCCCUCCUAACCAUGAUCUCUGCUUCCUCUUUCCCCUGAGGGUGGCAACACCCCCUCACAUAAUUUUCCCCAUCACUGUGACCUUUAAAUAACUUCAAGGAUAAUAAAUUUGAUACUGUUUCUCCCUUUUCAA